AUGCCACGUUAUCAAUUGUGGCCUACUCUAGUUGGUAUGCCAGUAAAUGAAGCUGUUGGAAUAAUUCAUUGUGAAGAUCCAGAUUUGGAAGUAAUUCCAAUAGCAGAAGGUUUCGAAGUAACAGAUGAUAUUAGAUAUGAUCGUGUACGUGUCUUCUUUGAUCACAAUUUCCGGGUUUCAUCAAUACCAAGACUCGGUUAA